CCGUUCCAUCUCGCUCUCAUCGUCUCCAAUGGCGGCCGCCGUGGCGGCUUUCGCCUCCCUCUCGCCCCUCCAUUCAUCUCCUUCCUUCCUCUUCUCAUGCCCUAGACUCCGUCUACGCGCCUUCCACCGUCUCCCCAUCAUCCGCGCCGCCUCAUCUCCGAUCGAGUUCAACAUCACCUUCGCCCCUUCCCCUCAAACCCCCAAAAUUCUAGUCCCAGAUCCCUCUCCACAAGCCCCUUCCUCCUCGUCGCUUCCCCUUCUCAUCCCCUGGAUCGUCCGCGACGAGAACGGAAACCUUAAGCUUCAGUCCACCCCACCGGCGCGCUUUCUCCACGCUCUCUCCGAGCAAAAGCUAGCGAAAGAAAAGAAGAAUCUUAAGCAGACCAAGGCCACAUCGGAUUCGUCUUCUCCAUCUAAGACUUCGUCUGGACAGCCGAAAUACUCGAAGGCUGCGCGUAGGUUCUAUAAUGAGAAGAUCAGGGAACCUCAGCGGCUCAGCAAGGUUCUCGCCGCGGCUGGAGUGGCUUCUCGACGGAGUAGUGAAGAGCUUAUUUUUGAAGGGAAGGUAACAGUCAACGGAUCGGUGUGCACUUCUCCGCAGACUCGAGUGGAUCUUCUUAAAGACUCAAUUUAUGUUAAUGGGAACCGUAUUUCAAAGAAGCUACCUCCAAAGUUGUAUUUUGCACUAAACAAGCCAAAAGGGUACAUCUGCUCAAAUGGCGAGGAAUCUAAGUCAGUGAUUUCUCUAUUCGAUGAAUACUUGAAACGUUGGAAUAAAAUAAAUCAAGGAUUGCCAAAGCCACGGUUAUUUACUGUAGGUCGCCUUGACGUUGCAACAUCUGGGUUGAUUAUUGUUACUAAUGAUGGUGAUUUUGCACAGAAACUUUCUCAUCCUUCCUCAAAAUUGUCAAAAGAGUAUAUUGCAACUAUUGAAGGUGGUGUGCGGAGGCGACAUCUGAUUGCCAUAAGUGAGGGUACAGAAAUUGAAGGCAUACAUUGUACACCAGAUUCAGUGGAGCUUUUGCCAACACAGCCUGAUGCAGCUAAGCCUCGGCUGCGGAUUGUGGUUCAUGAAGGGAGAAACCAUGAAGUUCGUGAGCUAGUUAAAAAUGCGGGACUUCAGCUCCACUCCCUCAAACGUGUUCGGAUAGGUGGAUUCAGACUUCCACAUGAUCUCGGGCUUGGAAAGCAUGUUGAACUAAAAGAAACUGAUCUGAAGUUGUUGGGCGGUUAGAGUUACGCGAAAGCCUUAUGAAUUCGUGAUCUCGAAGACUCAUGUACCAAUUGUAUGAACUCAACCUUCUUGAUUUUUAGUUACUGAUAUUUUUGAGUUUGAUCUUCAAAGUGAUAUGCUUUCUUACAUCCAAAGUGUAUGUUUGUAUUUUCCAAUAGCAUUUUAGUUAGCAUACAGUUGACACUGGCAUAUAUGAAAAAUAUUGGUGUUUCGUUGGGGUUAUGUAUA